AUGGGUCAUCUCGGAACCGCGACUGUGCCAAAGGCAAGCGUCAACCCUGCAAUCUCACUGCUGUCUGGCUGCGUGGCAGGUGCAGCAGAAGGGUUUGCGACAUACCCCUUUGAAUUCGCAAAGACGAGCGUGCAGCUUCGCAAUGAUUUCAACACCAGGAAUCCUUUACGGGUCAUCGCGCAGAUUGUUUCCCGACAGGGUCCGCUUGCGUUGUACACCGGAUGCAGCUCCCUCGUGCUAGGAAACAUGGGCAAGGAUGGAGUGCGGUUUUUUGCCUACGAUGCUAUCAAACAACGGCUCGCGGGGCCGUCUGGCCACGCGAGUCUCGGUCAGGGUAUCUUGGCCGGGAUGUGUGCUGGGGCCGUGGAGAGCGUGGUUGCUGUGACUCCGUCGGAGCGCAUCAAAACGGCGCUUAUCGACGAUGCCAAGAGCGGACAGGGGAGGAGGCUUAAUGGGAUGGCGAGUGCUGUCCGCUGGAUCAUCCGGCACCAAGGCGUCCACGGGCUAUACAAGGGACUUCUUCCCACGACCAUGAAGCAGGCCUCGACGUCGGCCGUGCGCAUGGGAAGCUACAAUAUCUUGAAGGAAAUGGGGCUCGCGUAUGGCGUUCAGCAGAGUGCAUUAACUACCUUCGUCACUGGGGCGAUCGCGGGCACAAUCACGGUCUACACGACACAGCCAUUUGACUCGAUCAAGACGAGGGCGCAGACGUCCGGCUCCGCAGGGACUGCUGCUGCUAUUCGAAGCAUUUAUUCGGCCCACGGCCUGAGGGGCUAUUGGCGCGGUAGCACGAUGCGCCUGGGAAGAUUGGUCAUGGGAGGGGGGAUCGUCUUCACGGUGUAUGAGAACACUCAGCUAUUCUUUCGGAGUAUCGUGCCCCUGCCGAAUGAAGUGUCCAGUAUGGAUCCUGGUGCUUGA